GAAGAAAACACUGGAAAAGCGCGGUAACGGCGUCGCCACCGUCACCCCGCGCGGAGAACUAACUCUUCACCUGCAAGCCUGACAACACCAUUCAAAACCCCACACGGUAAAUUAAAUAGAAAAAAUCUAAUUUCUCAUCAUUCUUUUUCCCACCAAAUUCUCCGCCAUAGUUUCGGUUGGGCUGCUUCAACGCCAGAAAACAACAAAAGAGAAGGAAAGAUUCAGCCACAAGGGGAGGAGGAGCUCAAAAGCUAGAGAGCUAGACAGAGGGCUAAGCUGAAAGUUAAUGAUUCUCACGUCCAUUUGCGAGAAAGACAAAAAUAACCCAACCAACAAUCACUCUCUUCCUUCCCACCAUUGUUCCGAUUCCUUCAAUCCAACUCCAUCUCCCCCCCAAAAUCUUCCCAUCUAAAACCAAAAGCUCCAAUCUUUUCUUCUUUUUUAAUUCACAACCCAAUUGGGUGGGAAAAAAACAAAAAUCAUUAGAAAAGGAGGGUAAAGCCACGCCCUUUUCGUUUGCCAGCAAUGACCCAAGUCCAGGUCCUUCACCAAUCUCCUUCCCAUUUCCCCCCUUCCUCCCCAACCACCACUACUUCUAAUCCUUCUUCUCCCCUUUCUUCUUCUUCUCUUGGGAAUAAUGUGGAGCGGGUUGUGGACGAGUGUGAUUUGCUGAAGGAGAGCGAGAAGAGGCGAAGGGAUCAGCUCUCGCUGUUGGCUCUGCUGGUGACUCUGUUCAGGAAGUCUGUGGUGGCUUGUAAGAGCGAAAGGAGGGAGCUUUGUGCGAUGGAGAUCAGUUGGCCUAGUAAUGUGCGCCAUGUGGCUCAUGUUACCUUUGAUAGGUUUAAUGGGUUCUUGGGUUUGCCUGUUGAGUUCGAACCUGAAGUGCCCAGAAGAGCUCCCAGUGCUAGGUACAUUGCUUCCUUCUGUUUUUGUGGAUUUGAGAUUUGGUAGCGUGGAUCGUUCUGUUUUUAGCACAAGCUGGUUUUGUUAGGUGUCGAAGGAAUUUCAUGUGUGUUUGUCAAUUGAAGAUGAACUUGGUGCUGGUUACAGAUUUGUGCUACUGUCUUUGGAGUUUCCACAGAAUCGAUGCAAUUGUCAUAUGACUCUAGAGGGAAUAGCGUGCCAACUAUACUCUUGUUAAUGCAACGGCACCUGUAUGGCCUGGGCGGUUUGCAGGCUGAAGGAAUUUUCAGAAUUAAUGCGGAAAACAGCCAAGAAGAGUACGUUAGGGAUCAGCUAAAUGGUGGAGUUGUACCUGAAGGUGUUGAUGUGCACUGUUUGGCUGGACUUAUCAAGGCUUGGUUUAGAGAACUUCCAACUGGGGUUCUGGACUCUUUGCAACCCGAACAAGUUAUUCAAUCCCAAACCGAAGAAGAGUGUGCUGAGCUUGUGAGGCAUCUGCCUCCAACUGAAUCAGCUCUCUUGGAUUGGGCCGUCAACUUGAUGGCAGACGUUGUUGAACAAGAACAUCACAACAAGAUGAAUGCACGCAACAUAGCCAUGGUGUUUGCACCAAACAUGACUCAGAUGGCGGAUCCUUUGACAGCACUAAUGUAUGCAGUCCAGGUGAUGAACUUUCUAAAGACACUCAUCAUAAGAACACUGCGAGAGAGGCAAGAUUCUGUGGUGGAACCCACUUCGGCUUCACUGCUCGGCCCAUUCGAUGGGAGUGGUCACCAAAGCCCCUCCCAGCCCUUCUGUUUACACACUGGCCAAGACAAUGAAACAACCCAAAGCUUGAGUGAGGAUGAUGCACCUGUCAUGGAACAAGGCUCUAGCCACUGGACUCAAGAAGAUACCGGUGUUAAACAUGACGAAGAAGACUGCGGUUUAAUUAAUCAUGGUCAGCAGUCGAGUGAGGGUCUUCCUAAUGUGGCCGACGAAACUCCCAUCGUCGAGACUGAAGCUGACCAGGAAGAAAGUGGUCGAAGAUCUAGAAUUGUUGGCCAGUCAAGCAACUCGGACCCCAGAAAGAGAUCUGGCAAAAUGACUAGGGAGCAGCAACAAGCAGUGCUUCAUCUGACACCGCCACACGACUCCGUUCUUCAUUUAGCCUCAUUGGUUGAGAAGACGCGGGAGAUGAGCAAUUUGAGCCGUAUAGACUCGAGGACAGAACGCAUUGAGGCCUGGCGAUAAAUGCAAUUCGAGAGAGGACCGAGACUGGGAGACAGUCAUUCUUCAGGCCGGCCAGUAGGCCACCAUCAUCAUCUUGGUGGCACUAUGUUUCUUCUGGGAACACAUAUUCUCUGUUUUGUUUCUAUGUAAUGUUGGGUGGUUUGCUUGCUUCCUAAGUUUCAUGCAUAUAUGCAUAGUGUGUGUGGGGGAAAUCUAACAGCUUCUUCUUCUCCCCUCUAGUGUGUGCCAUUCGUAAUACACCCUCUCUAACACGGUGUGAUUUUCCAUCGAUCGCAGUAUCGAUGCUCUCGAUCUUACUCUUGUGUGCUAUGAUUAAUGUCACAAUCAUGUUGAUAAAGAUUGAAGCUUUGGUUUGCAGACCAUGCAUAUUGUGUUAGAUGGUGAUGGUGAGUGAGACACAAGAAACCAGAGUGCAGAUGGGGGGGAAAUGUAGUGGUACAGAGCUAUCAUGCGACAAUGGUACUUUGGUUACAGAAAGCACUAGUGACUAUAGGAGGCUGGUGCUUCCCUAAUAGUUGCUUUCAUUAUCUU